AUGAAAAUAAAAAAAUUUCAGGAGGAUUCAUGUUUCUCAGUGAUUUUUAUUAAUCGGCAAUUUCUUAACAAAUCCAUCGAUUUUUUAGCUGAAAAUCGCGAGUCAAAAACGAUAUUUGUUACGGCCUUAAGGCAUUUAAUUAAUAAACAUAUUAUUGAGCGCCUUAAUUUUGAUGAAAAACGAUGGGUUACCGAUAAAUUUGAUGAAGCCGAUCGUAAUAAAAAUGGUAAACUUACUUUUGACGAAAUUUGGUCGAUACUUAAAGCUAUGAAUCUGCAGUUAAGUAAAGCAUAUGCAAAAAAGAUGUUUAUGGUUCGAGAAAUUAAAGGAAGUGAUCGUGUUCUUGAUCGUGAAGAGUUUUUCGAUUUUUUCUCAAGGUUAACUGACAGUUCAAAGCAUCGAGAAAUUUUGACAUUGUUUAGCUGCUCGGGUGAACCAGUUUUCAAUAUAUCCGAUCUUCAAAAAUUUUUAAUCGAUGAACAACAAUUCUCCAACAUAGAUGAGAAAAAAUGUGAAUCUAUUAUUGAAGAAUUCGAACAACGUCAACCUGAUGAAUUGGAAGAAAAUAGUAAAGUUCUUGGACCACUCGGUUUAUAUCGUCUUUUACAAUCAUCUUGGGGAAGCAUUAUAAAACAAGAGCAUGCCAUUAUUUUCCAGAAUAUGAACUUGCCCCUAAAUCAUUAUUAUAUCAAUUCAAGUCAUAACACAUAUCUGACGGGUUUACAAAUGAAGGGUGAAGCAUCCGUUGAGGGUUAUAUUAGUGCCUUGCAAAAGGGAGCUCGUCUAUUGGAACUCGAUGUAUUUAAUGGCGAAAAUGGUGAACCAUGCAUAACUCAUAAGCGAACUCUUAUUGCUUCUAUAACACUUCGUCAUGCAUUACAAGUUAUCAAUAAAUAUGCAUUCAAAAACAAUCCUUAUCCUAUCAUUCUUACUAUUGAAAAUCAUGUUGGAUUACCACAGCAAAAAGCAAUGGCUCGAAUAUUUCAUGAAGUUCUUGGUGAUAAAAUUUAUUUUCGACCAGAAAAUGGUGCAAAUAUUCCUCUUCCAUCUCCAAAUGCAUUAAAAAAUAAAUAUUUAUUAAGAGGAAAAAAAUUGCCUGGUGAUGCUGAACCUGACAAAGAAUUCGACCAAGAUGCAGAUGAAUUACCUGAUGAUGAAAACCUUAGAAAAUCUAUCACUUUACAUCCUGAAUUUUCUCGGCUAAUUUCGCUUCCAUCCGUUAAAUUAUCUGAUAAUCUUUAUCAAGAUAUCGAAAAGCAUCCAUUGGAUGGUUCACCAUCGUUAUCGGAAUCUAAAGUUGCUAGUUUUAUGGAGGGAGGCACUUUACUAGCUAAUUAUACUGCCUCUAGGCUAGUCAAAUCAUACCCGAUGGGUUUACGUCUUGAUUCGAGUAAUAUGAACCCACUUCCAUCCUGGAUUUGCGGUGUUCAGUGUGUUGCAAUGAAUAUGCAAACUUGUUGCGAAAAUUUGGAUCUUGUUAAUGGUCUGUUUCGUAUUAAUGGCAACUGUGGUUAUGUCCUUAAGCCAGAUAUUGUUUCUGGUCAUUAUUUACCUAAGACACAACCAGGAAACGAUGUAAUAGACCCCUACGUGACUGUUGAAUUCUAUGGCAUUCCACCGGAUUGUAAGAAAUUUAAAACAAAGUCUAUUCGAAAUAACGGGUUCAAUCCCACGUGGAAUGAGACCUUCAUUACUGUCGUGCAUUAUCCUGAAUUUGCAUUUAUGCGUCUGUGCGUAAAAGAUUUUGAUUCGACAUCUGCAAACGAUUUUGUCGGGGAAUAUACAGUACCUAUCGACAGUAUUCGACCCGGCUAUUCUCAUGUUCGCCUCAACACUGGUUUUGACCACAGUAUUGACGAAAGUGCAUCACUUUUAGUACGAAUCGCUUUUGAAUAA